AAAUCCCCAAACCCAAAAAUCUCCUUCCUUCUCCCCAAAACCACUACUACUAGCCAUGGCCGAGAGCCAACCACAAGACGACCCAGCAGACCUCAAGAAGCUCAUGUGCUCCUACCUCGGCCUCAGCCUCAGCAUGUUCCUCGCCCUAGCUCCCCACAAGUUCCAGGAGCUCCAGCUCCAGGUCCGCGAGCUCUCCAAGCGGCUGUGGCAGGCGGAGGAGCAGGUGCGCCAGAUGAGAUCGAGGCGAAAGGAGGACUCCAAGGCCAACGCCAGAGUCGUUGAGAUCUUCGCCAGCCACCGCAACGCGUGGCAGGCCGAGGAGAAGCGGCUGCUGAGCCAGAUCGACGCGGCGGAGAGGGAAAUGGCGAGUCUGAAUGCGAGGGUGGAGGAGCUGGAGAAGAGCCGGGAGGACUCGGAGUCGAGGAUUUGUGAGUUGGAGAGGGAGGUUGGGGAGAGAGAUGAUAUGAUUGGGUUUAUGGCCACUAGAGGAGAAGGCGGAGAGGCAGCGGCGCAGCAGCGGGGACUUUGUCACCAGUUCAAGGAUGUUAAUGUGUAUGACAAUGCCUAUGCGUUUGGUUUCGACUCCGAAUUGGUCGCCGAGGCUUCGAAACUCUGGCAGGAUGUACAAUGUGAAUCCCUUGAACCAUUGUAUCAUACGAAGCAUUUUGUGCCAAGGGAGUCCCCAUGGAAGGUUGAUGGUGAAUCGACUGGAGUAUCAUCUAAACUUAAAGUACUUGAACAGGAACUACUGAAUUUGGAAAAUAUUGGAAAAAAUGAUCUUUCUAAGGUACCUUCAAUAAUGAGGAAGCAGACAAAGAGGUAUCAAGCUCUUGCGGGGAAGAUAGAUGAUCUGUGCCGAAGAAUGCAGGCUAGUGAUCCCUGUGAAGCCACAGUGAGUCCCGAGUUCCGUAUGCAAAGACAAACAGAAUUUCUACUUGAAUCAUUUAGACUUCAGCAACGUGCAACAGACACCGCACAGAAGCUGAUGGCAGUGCAAACUGAGAUAGGGAAAAGUUAUUAUGGGGAUGAGCUGGGGAAUCAUGCCAAAGUUACGACGAGACGGUCUUUGGAUUCCAUCAGAAACAAUUUCAGAGAACUUCAAAGGAACUUAGAGAUAUGGUUGGCCAGAAUUACUGGAGAUCUUGAGGGAAUUCUUGCCAGAGAUGGUGCUUCUCGUGUACGAGAAUAUUAUGUAUCUAGAUAUCCUUUUGUUCAAUAAAUCAGUAUGACUUGAACUCAAAUCCUUGUCCAGCAAAUUAGUUGGCUCCUUUUGUAUGUAUCCUGAUCCAAGCCAUAAGGGUGGCGGUUAGAUGUCCUGUGGAAAUAAUAUCGUUCCACUUUGU